GUUUGCAUUUAAAUUGGAAUCACUUGUGGCCCUUUGUUGCCGUAUGUGUAUAUAGAAUAAUUGCCACAGUUCCAUAUAAUUGAAACAUUCCAAUUUACAAAUAUAUGAUGAAUUCAGUUAAAGUCAGUUCCCAAUCAUAUGCAUUGAAAUGGGAAGAUUUCUCCUCUCUUGAAAACUCCUCUUCUAAGAAACACUGUUUACACUCAUGUAAUAGUUCAUCACCUGGUCUACGACAAACUCAAUUAAAUUUCUCACCAAAUCACCAAACGAAACUGUCUAAACAAUUUGAAAAUGUUAUAGAUGGUAUCGAACUUGAUAACACUAAUCGGAUUACUAAUCAAAAUGCUUCUUUGAAAUCAAAUGAACGUAAUUCAUAUCCUCAAAUUUCCAUUAAACUUGAACCACCGUCAAUCUCAACUGCUGAGUCUUCGAACAAAUCUCCAAAGUCCAUCAUUACUAGCCCCACGCGAAUAAUGAAACAGGCUAUCAUAACUGAAACAGGGAUUUCACCGGCGGAAAAUGUAUUCAAAAAACCGAUCAGAAAGAAGAAAGCUGGCACUAAUAAAAAAUCACAAGUGAAACGUUCUCGUAGCGUAGAUUCACCUCAGAUCAAUAGUACCACUAAUAAUGAUAUAAAUCAAAAUGAUUCUUUCAAAUUAUCAACUUCUAAUCCUUGUCAGACAAGAACAACAACAACAACCAUACGCGUUUGUAAAUCAACAACGGUCAGUCCAAAAAAGAAUUUACACGUAGCAAGUGAUGUAUAUGCUGCUACACAGAAUAAACAAAACAAAUGUAAAACACAAUUACAAACACAACUUACAUCAUAUGGAAUUAGAAAAACCGCUCGACAAUAUGCUAAAGAAAUUGAGCGUGAACGUGAAAACAAUUUUUUAAAUGCUUUAAAAAACAAUAUUGAAAGUGGUAUGAAAAUUAUACAAACUGAAGAAAAAGGUCGUGGAAUAAUUGCUACACGAACAUUUUAUGAAGGUGAAUUUGUUGUGGAAUAUGCUGGAGAUUUAAUCUCAGAAAAAUUAGCUAAACAACGUGAAGCUGUAUAUAAACAAAAUCCAGCAAUUGGUUCCUAUAUGUUCUUUUUUGUACAUGCAGGUCAACGGUAUUGUGUAGAUGCAACAGAAGAGACCUCACGACUUGGUCGACUGAUUAAUCAUAGUAGAUUAAAACCGAAUUGUAUUGUUAAAGUAAUUCCAAUUGAUGGUGUUCCUCGACUUGCACUAUUUGCACGUAAAUCAAUUUCUCCUGGUGAAGAACUACUCUAUGAUUAUGGUGAUCGUGAUAAAGAAACUUUACAACUUCAUCCAUGGUUGAAAACAUAAACAAUUCACCCCUUUUUUUCUUUAUUUUAUUGAUCAAGUACAUGUCGGUAACUACGAUGAUAAUGGUAAUUCAUUUGUUACUACCGUUGUUGUUGUUGCUAUCGUUAUCGAUUGUGGUUAGAAAUUUUUCAAAAUUAUUACUUCCAUUGGAUUUUCUUCUUAAGAGAUCACUAUGUUCUCUUUCUAUUUCAUGUUUUCCUCAUUGAUACUAUUCAUGAUUCUUUCUGUCUAGAAGAUUAUUGAAUACAUUUAGUCAUAAACGUACGUAAUCGACAAAUUAUCUUUACAAGUGUAGUCUGAUAAAAUGAAGUAUCUCUCGCUUUCUUCAUUCUCUUUUUCUUAUUCUGAGGUUUGGCAACUUGGACUGAUGCAUUUAUGUGUCUGGCCCUAUGUUGUAAUGACUGACUUUUUCUUCUUCAUAGUUUCUCUCAGCUUUAUCAGUUUCUCCUUGGAUUCUUUUGUUUGCAGACAAACUUUACUCUUUCCUUAUGUGUAUACCAUUUGUAUACAUUUAUAUAUAUAUAUACUUGUCUACUUAUUUCAUUAUUGUUAGUAGUAUUCUGAUUGAUGUCAAUGUUAUUUAGGUAUUAGUAACUUUGUAUUCAUAAUAAUUACGUCUCUGUGUGUAUAUCUAUGCACAUAUAUAUAUAUAUGUAACGAUUUGUUUGUUUCCAUAUUACUGUAAUGUAUGUUCAAAACUCCAGAUACAAUAACAUUGGAAUGAAUUCAUUCAAACUUGUUAUCCUUGACAUGGAAAAGAAACACGUAGCUUACAACCGACUAUAUCAGACUAAUAUUCGACCUCUACUUCCAUAUAAUACAAAGAUAUCAUGAAAUAUUUUAUGAGAAGAAACCUACAGGUUAGCAUAUUUUUAGCGAGUUAGUUUUCUAUGGGAUGGAGCCGCUAACCCCCAUGCCCAACCCUUCUCAUUUACCCGGGCUUGGGACCGGCAGUAACUCUAGAAGAGCUACAGGCGGAGUUAAGAAACCACCAGUGUAGAAUAAUUCAAGCAUAUAGCAUUUCUAUACAGAUAUAUCUUUAACUACAUUGGAAAUAUGACAAGACAUAGCAUACACUGACAAAGUGAAUAUAUAUUAUUUUCUUGAAGAAAGCAAUACACCAACAUGGGAUGAAUUUUUUAUUAAACUAAGAAUGAUUGCUUCAGUGUAGAGUUAUCUUUCCUAAGGAAACAUGUACAUAGGAAGGAGCAAUCGUGAUUUGCAGUUAAGGGUGGGUGAACAUAUACCAAAAUGGUUGCAGAAACAGAUGAGUUUCAAUGGUCAAAUAAGAUCACAUGAUAGACUCACAUCAUCCUCCAUUGCGAAACAUUUGAUUGAGACCGGUCAGAAAGUUGACAUCAAGUCAGCAUUUGUAGUGUUAUACAAAAGCCUUCCAGGACGUAUACUAAGGUUUAUUGAAACAUUGGCUAUACGGAAACUGAAUACAUAUGUUCCAAAAUGAUUAAUAAUGGUCUUGAGUGUUAUUAGAGGUAUGAAGGCUGUUAUCACUUCCCGGUUGCCCACACCGUGGAAGGGAUCUUCUGAAAGUACCUGAAAAGGAAAUUGAGUUAGAGGUGGUCCUAGUGAUUUGAGAGCGUGACUGCAGUGCCUAAGGGACAGCUGCCUGAGAUCAGUUACACACGACCUUUUCGUGAUUAAUUUUUGUGUUAGCUCCGUACUUGUUGAGAACUUAUCGCUGGAGACGGAUAUCCGUGGGAUGAGGCGAGGUGUGCAUUUUUAGGGUCGACCUUUUCUAACCCCAGCCCUCCAUGUGAGAAGGUAGCAUCGCUGUUAUGCUGGCUGUCUGAAGGAAACACCUUACUGCUGUCACACUUCUGUGCAUUCAGCAGUACGACUUUACCUUCGGACCUUGGGUUUGUUGCUUUUGGUCUUACCGCUCUUUAACCGACCUGUCUGGCAUGGUAGGACCUUGAGGAAUGAUUGUUCCAUCCGGUAUAGCUCGACUGGUUCAUCACGAUAGGCAAGCCCGACCACCACAUCAAGACAGCAACUACGUUCGGUUAAAUAUGGUGGCAGUGAAGUAGUAUAAACAAAGGCAUCAAAACGUUAUUUUUUUUACUAGGCAAACUAAUAAUAGUUUUAUUAAUAAGGGGCUUGAAUGCACGUCAACAAGAUUGAUAGGGAAAUUAUCAUUGGUUAAUGAAGAUUCAGAAUGUUGAAAUUGAGAUUAACUGUUAUCAGGAGGAUCAUAGAAACAGAAGAAAACACAAGCAUUUCUUUGAAGAUUGAAGUUAUAUUCGGUCAAGGUGUACAAACACCAUAAACCUUACUACUUGUUGUGUAUUGCCUGAUUAUUUUUAACAUCAUUCUAGCUCAGCAGUACAGUAUAGUAUUCUUUUGAUGACAAUUCUACUUUCCGUUACUGAGAUUAUAGACGUCUCACUAAAAUUUCAGUUUUUCUUAAUACAUUUUAAUUUGUGUUAUGCUUUAUGUCCACUAGUAUAACAUGAAGCAGUAGCUCAGCGGUCAAACCACGAAAUGGUAGGUUUGAAUCUAAAUUCACAUACUAUGGUUCUGAAAACUAGAUAGUGUCACCAGCCCUCACAUAUAGAGCGUGACUGAGAGGAAAGUACGCGAAUAUGAACGUCGUAAACAGAACAUGAAUGAAUUGUCAGCAUAACAUAUAACUAUAUUGUCUUUCGAUUACAUUCUUAUUUUUAAGAUUUUCAUAUAUAUAUAUAUA